AUGCUGCCGAUUCUCAAACAGAAGUAUCCAGUUUUAGAUGCUGAAAAGGCAGAGGAAGCUCGACUGAAGAAGAAUAUGAGCGCCGAAAAAGCUAAAGCAUAUGCUGAGACUCUCCAACUUCUUUCUGAGCUACAGAAGGAUAACGAACCUGGAGUUAGUCAAACAUCAGAGGAAGAUGACGUAACACUUGCCAAGAGACUCGAAGAUAGGCUGGCUACAAAGAGUAAUGAAGUCAAACCAAUAGCGAAGUCGACUACGUCAGUCAUGGACAAGGAGAAGAAAAAGCCGACUAUCUCAGCCAAGGAGAAGAAACUUACUCCAAAAAUCACAUACACCCCUCAGAAGCCACGAGAAUGUGAGAAAGAAAAAGCUAAAGGUGAUCCAAAUCUGCAAGAACUUACUAAAAAAGUGAAGAAUGCACGCAAGUUGUUGAGCCUAAGGAAAUCUCCGUUCUAUAAGGAUUUGAGUUCACAACAAAGAGCGCUUCUCUCUCCUUUUUUUGACAAAGCUACCUCAAUCAACAGUGCUUGGAAAGCUCCUGCUGUGAUUGGUCAUCACAUAUUAUCUGCAGAGACAUUUGAAGAUCUGCUACAUAACAGGGCUUUAGAGGGAGAUCUUAUAAAUUACUGGCAAUACCAACUGAAAAAAGCAUAUCAUAAUGAGCAACCAGUGAAUGGACAGAGAAAGUACAUUCCAGUACUCCACAUUGAUCCAACAGGCUGGUUUUAUUUAAGUGACCCAGUACAUCAAGUAGCAGCAAACACUGCUGUAUUCUUACCCAUCAGGAAUAUGGAGGAAGGAACCAGGAAGAUUAUUAUUCCAAUGUCACACCAAAACGUGCAUUGGACGCUUCUUGUGUAUGAAUGCGAGAAAGGCGAAUUCUUCCACUACAACACUUGGGAAGCUGUAUCCAAAAAUGAGUGUCUCGAUAAUGCUAAUCUUAUGGCAGAAUACUGCUUGUUAGCAAUUAAUGAACGCUUGUCGAGCCUGCGCCUUCCACUUGUAAGCAGAGUAAAGAUGAUUAGUUACCCAACACCUCAACAGGGAGACUAUCCAGAUUGUGCAAUAUAUAUCAUGCACAUCAUGAAGAAAGUUGCAAAGGAGGAAGUAAUUGAUGGAGUGCGAAUGAGCUUGGGAGACCCAGAAGAACUAAAGGACAAAAUACAUAAGAAGAGGAUCUCUUUAGCAUGCAAAAUACUCUCAGCAACAUCUCCUCCUGAGGAGAGCUGGAAUAUUCAUGCUCCAAAAGGUUUUUAAGACAGUGCUUAUAUGAAUU